GGCAGAAACCCUUUUGAUUGAUAGCCCAUCUGCAGCCUGCUGGAAUCCAUCCUCUUCCCACUUGCUGCUCCCCACCCAGCAAUUUCCAACUCAGAGCAAACCUGUGUGCCAGCCCUGCUGGUUGCACCCUGUCUGCCCGGCAUCCCUCUCUCAUUCUGUCUCAUUCCAGACAGGGUUAACAUCUCUUCUGUCUCUGCCAGGAACACCCAGCUGAGGAAGAGAGCCGGAGAGUGACAAGUGGGAUUCUUCCCUUUUCUUUUUCGGAUUCUCCUUUCCUCCCUCCCCAUUGCCGUAGAGACGGUCUCCGGGGCGAGCGAAGGUGUCAGCGUGUGGAGAGGCAGGGGAAGCAUAGCAACAGGACUUCAGCAUGAAGAAGGUCCAGCAGCUCCAUCUCCGGGAGACCACAAGGGUUUCUAACCUGCAGCUGGGUCUUCUGCCAUCUCCAUCCCUGUUCAGAAAACAGCCCAUAAUUCCAGACCUGCUGAUGAUUCCCAGCGACCAAGGCGAUGGGGACCUGGAGAUGGAGUGCCCAGAAGAGAGAGGGAACUGGACCGGGAAGCUGGAUUUCCUUCUCUCCUGUAUUGGCUACUGUGUGGGGUUGGGGAAUGUGUGGCGGUUUCCAUACAGAGCUUACACCAAUGGGGGAGGAGCUUUCCUUGUUCCUUACUUCAUCAUGCUGGCAAUAUGUGGUAUCCCCAUCUUCUUCAUGGAGCUCUCGCUAGGCCAGUUCUCCAGCCUGGGGCCACUUGCAGUCUGGAAGAUAAGCCCGCUCUUUAAAGGUGUUGGGAUGGGCACGAUCCUGAUUGUCUCUCUGGUGGCCAUUUACUAUAACAUGAUUAUUGCUUACGUGCUCUUCUACCUCUUCGCGUCCCUGACGAGCAACUUGCCCUGGGAGCACUGCGGCAACUGGUGGAACACUGACCUCUGCUUGGAUCACCAGGUCAUCAAGGCAGGGAAUGCUGCCAUCCCAUUCAACGUCACGAACACCGUCAGCCCAAGCGAGGAGUACUGGAAUCGAUAUGUGCUGCAUAUCCAAGGGAGCUCUGGGAUUGGGGAUCCUGGGAGAAUCCGCUGGAAUCUGUGCCUGUGCCUACUGCUCUCCUGGGUCAUUGUGUACCUCUGUAUCCUCAAGGGAGUCAAAUCCUCCGGCAAGGUUGUGUAUUUCACUGCCACAUUCCCUUACUUCAUCCUGAUCAUGCUGCUCAUUCGUGGAGUAACACUGGAGGGGGCCUGGAUAGGAAUCAAGUUCUACCUCACACCCCAGUUUGAUCACCUGCUGUCUUCCAAGGUGUGGAUAGAGGCAGCUCUGCAGAUCUUCUACUCCCUUGGAGUGGGCUUCGGGGGACUGCUCACUUUCGCAUCUUAUAACACCUUCCACCAGAACAUUUACAGGGAUACAUUUAUAGUCACCCUGGGCAAUGCCAUCACCAGCAUCCUGGCCGGGUUUGCCAUCUUCUCCGUCCUGGGCUACAUGUCACAGGAGCUGGGCAUCCCUGUUAACCAAGUGGCAAAAGCAGGUCCCGGCUUGGCUUUCGUGGUGUAUCCCCAGGCCAUGACGAUGCUUCCUCUUUCUCCACUCUGGUCUUUCCUUUUCUUCUUCAUGCUGCUGACCCUGGGCCUGGACAGCCAGUUUGCCUUCAUGGAGACCAUUGUUACCGCAGUGACAGAUGAGUUUCCUUAUUACCUGCGGCCCAAGAAGGCUUUUUUCUCAGCCAUCAUCUGUAUCGCCAUGUACCUGAUGGGGCUCAUUCUCACGACAGAGGGCGGGAUGUAUUGGCUAGUCCUGCUGGAUGACUAUAGUGCUGGGUUUGGACUCAUGGUGGUGGUGAUUACAACCUGCCUGGUGGUGACACGUGUCUAUGGCAUGAAGCGGUUCUGCAGAGAUAUUCACAUGAUGCUGGGCUUCCAACCAGGGCUGUACUUUAAAGCCUGCUGGAUGUUCCUGUCCCCGGCAAUGAUGAUGGCCCUGCUAGUGUACAAUAUAGUCAAGUACCAGCCCUCAGAGUAUGGGAGUUACCGUUUCCCAUACUGGGCCGAGGUCCUGGGCAUCCUGAUGGGGCUGUUCUCCUGCCUGAUGAUCCCCACAGGGAUGGUGGUCGCGGUGCUCAGAGAAGAAGGGACACUGUGGGAGAGAAUCCAGCAAGCCAGCCGGCCAGCCAUGAACUGGGGUCCUUCUCUGGAGGAGAACAGAACCGGCACGUACGUGGCUACCUUGGCCGGCAGCCAGUCCCCCAAACCCUUGAUGGUCCACAUGAGGAAAUACGGGGGAAUUACCAGCUAUGAGAACACAGCCAUCGAGGUGGACAAGGAGAUCGAGGAGGAAGAGGAGUCCAUGAUGUGAGGAGGCCACGAACCCGGUGGGGAGCAGAGAAUGGGGGACGGCACCCCUGAACUUGCACAGUUGCACUUAGGCACUUCGGGCCGGUUAACUGGCCUUUCUAGAGGCAGCUGCGAGCUGCUGACCUUCCAGCAUCCCACGGGAUGCCCUGGCCUGUCCAGGAGAACACUGCUGAGAAUUCCAGUGUUGCUGAGAUUUUCGUUCAGUGUGGCAAGCUGUGUAAUGAAUGUGUGUGUUAGCUCUCCAGUGUCUGGGACCAGCUGCCCGACCCUACCCUGCUCCAGGCCUGCCCCACCCUGCCUGGGUGCCCUCCGCUCAGAGUUAUGACUCAUCGACCCCUGUGUAAAGACUGCGACAUGCACCCACUUUGCACUCCUUUUGCCCAGGAAUCAGUGAGCAAGGCAGCGGAGAACAAGGCUAGUAGUAGCUGUUGUUGUUGCUAAUCCUGUUUAACUCCAGUGACACACGAACAUUGCGAAGAAAGGAUGUCUUUGUUAACCCCACCCUGUCAGUGGAGGGGUGUGAGUGCCCGUGGGUCCCACCUCUGCUGGGGUCCUCCAACAACAGCAGGGAAGACCAGAUUGGCUAUUCUUGAUAGAGAAGUCUAGGGAAAAGAAACCCCAUGUUAUAAAACAAACCAACCUGCCCCCUCCCAGGCCUUUCUGGGCACGUCAGAGAAAGGUAAAACCUGGCCCUGGGUGUGUGAUAAAUCAGUCCUUUGCAGGUUGCUCUUAAGAGGUAUUUGCACUCUGGGCCCCUCUUCACACUCGGGGUGAGGCGGUGUCAGGUAAACCCUGCCGUGGACUGCAGCUGGUGUUUGGGCACAGCCUCUGGCUGUGGCUGUCCCUCCCCUAUUCCCACCCAGGGUGGAGCCGAGUAGGGCCCAUGGGGGUGAUGUCUAAUCUCAGCAGUGCCCUGCAGUCACACGCCCUGGGAGCAGAGUGCAGGCUGCAGGGGGGCCACUUGUCAUGAUUGCCAUGUGUUUUUUCCAUUCGUUUGCAAUGUGACGGGGUCGGCCCACUCGCCCCUGAGUGAAGGAUGCAGCAGGACCAGCCAGGCGCUCUCUGGCAUUGGUGCUCCAUUGUGCUGCAGCGCUUGUGCUGUGCUGACUACCCCGUGAAUUAUGAAUGAGAAGCUAUUGGAAGUGUUACUAAAAUAACUUCACAGAAAGAAUGGAAAAAACCUCUCUGCAUGGGCUCUUUGCAAGAUCCCAGUCGCUGGGCACAGAGACCCCAUGCUGAGGGGCAGCCUCCGCUCCAGAGUCUUCUCCAGGCAGGGACAGAAAUCCAGUCCCACUUCUUGUCUUCCAGUACCAGGGUCCAUUCAAGGUGGGCACGGAUCACCUCCUCUUGUAGUCCUGGUUAUUGACAUUUGGGGGGGGGAGCCCCUUAUCUCACAUGGCAAUUGGAAAAUCCUGGACUGGCAAUCAGUGCUUGCAUGACAUGGAGGAUAGCUCCAGGAAUAUCCUAACUUUUCAAAGUCUCCAGGAAGUCCUCUCCCCCUAUGGCCUCUUACAAUUCCUACAGUAGGGUGCCCAGAUAGUAAGUGUGAAAAAUCGGGAUGGGGUGGGGGGAACAGACGCCUAUAUAAAACAAAGCCCCGAAUGUCAGGACUGUCCCUAUAAAAUCAAGUCUUCUGCUCACCCUAUGUUACACACACCUCUCCACACCUUCCUCCCUCGGCAGUCUGAGGGCGUGGGUACCCUGUGCGCUGUGAGUACAUCUACACAGCAAAAAUCAAUCCAUCAAUCAAUCUGUGGCAGCGAGUCUC